AUGGACUACGUGCUUCCUGUUCAGCUCUAUGAAUUCCUGGGCUUCCCGCCGAAAACCCACCCAGGCCCAUCCACGGUAACAGGACAGUGGGCCAGGAGGAACCUCCGUAAAGCUUUCCACCGUCACGGGGCAAUUCUGUGUGUACUUGGACAGCCCAGCAGCCCGCACGUGGGUGGCUCCCACGGAACCCAGUGCAGGGUACCCGUGUGCUCAGCGCAGCGGGUGCUGCCGAGAUUCCGGCCCAGUCCCGGGAAGAGGGAUGGGAAGCGGCGAGGCGAGGCGAGGCACGGCCUGGCCGGCAGCGCCUUCAUGCGUGGGGCUUUCCUUUUUCUUCCCUCCCCUCUCCCCCAAGUUGCCAGGAGUCGCCGAGUCAAUUGUCUGCGGGGAAUUCCAGCGGGGCCGGUGCCGGAGCGGCGCGCGGGGUGCGAGGAGGGCCGCGCCCCCCCCCGCUCCCCCGGGCCCGCCGCGGGGUCCUUGCAGGUGCCGGCCGGGCAUCCCCGCCCCGCCGCCCCUCCGGAGUUCAGCGCCGAGUUUGUGCGGAAAAGGCUCCAGCACCACAGCCCCUGUCUUUGGGAAGGGUCGAGGGGUGCUUUUCCCCUCGGCCAGACACUCCCGGUGGUGAGCAGAAGUGCAGGAAGAGUCACGGAAAAGCGGCACCUCGCCACGGGGUUUCAUGUGUGGAGCGAAAGUGAGGACUGCUUACCUUUUCUGCAGCUUGCACAGGACUACAUCUCCUCCUGUGGGAAAAAGACGCUCCAUGAAAUAUUGGAAAAAGUCUUCAAAUCCUUCAGACCUUUACUUGGGCUUCCAGAUGUUGAUGAUGAUGCAUUUGAAGAAUAUAACGCAGAUGUGGAAGAAGAGGAACCAGAAGCCGAUCACCAACAGAUGGGUGUCAGUCAGCAGUGAUUUUCUGAGAAGCUAUAAAAAAAUUCGGAAGCCUUUGGUACCAGGUGGGGUCAGGUGGCCCCACAUUAGCCUGUUUGAAUUAGCACAUCAUAAAGGGAUGACUGGCUGCCAAGAUAAAAGUUUUACAAAAAAUUGUUUAAAAAAACCAAAAUAAUAAUAAUAAUAAUAAUAAUAAUCCGUGAUGAGCUUUGCUAAGAAGUGACCUGAAUUUUGCUCCUGCUUCAGUGGGUUUUCUAUGGACUUGUCUUGGUAGCAUUCUGCCAUUAUCAGUCUAGAAGUAGUUUUGUCGCUGACUUGUCUCUUCGAUUUGUGUUCGGGAGUAGUGUUUGCUGACAUGAAUGUAGAGUACUGAGAAUGUAGGUGGCGUGUGGGGAGAGUGCCGAGUCCUCACCCCUGACCUUUCCAAGGAAACCAGCGCAGAGAGCAAACACCACCUGCGCUUUUCUUUUGAGUUCAACAGCUAUAGGUUUUUGACAAAGUACCAAAUGUGGGCAGACUUCUGAAAAACAGAUGUUUAGCAGUGGUUGGUGCUGCGGAAGUUCAUAUGAAGGCUUAACAAAAAUAAUGGGGAGUAGGAAAUCCAGGGGAUGUCAGAUAUAUUGAUGUCAUUUCACUGACUCCUUAGUUUCCAAGUGCUGAAUUAAUAACUGGGAGUAACAGGCACCAGGAGCACACAUUAUAAACCAGCCCUGGUAUUCCAACACCAUGUGAUCCAAAGGCAAAUGCUGCUUUCUUACAAAUCAAGUGAAAAAUACCCGUCGCCUAUCUCACUUCUGCAUGACAACUAACUUUAAGCUUUGCCGAUUUUGGUACACUGCCAAAUUAUUACUCAGACCUUGUGGCAUUGUGCAUUAGAAUCAUGAAAUCAUAGAAUAUGCUGAGUUGGAAGAGGCCCAUCAGGAUCCUCGAGUCCAACUCCUGGCUCUGUACAGGGCGC